AUGACUCGAUUAGGCGACAUAUUAGCCUCUAUAGAGGCUCUGUGUGAUACUAUGAAUAAACUAGAUUUCGGUCCGCCUGGGAUUUUCACCAAUGCUAUAAUAAACAAGCCAGAUGUCACUUCACUAAUACGCGAUCCGUCGGAAGCAGAGCUGAGUGUCUACAAGAUAGUCAAAGGCAAUGGCCUUGGAAGCCUGACGCUACGGCAAAAGGACGAGGGGAGUGGUGUUGAAAUGCUUGUUGAUUUGCAACCUCGAAGGAUUGACGGAAAAAGUGUAUUUGAAGAGUUCGAGGAGAAUGAUUCUGGGGCAGUGGUACGGGUACCACGUCUCGUCGAUGUAACUGAAGACGAUACACCAUUCGAAUCGAUGUCUUCGCCAACGAAAAGGAAGGUGUUGAGUCAAUAUAAGCUCAUUUCGACGGCGGUUUUGGAAUCUGAGGAUUUUGAUAUCAUUUUUAAAAGUACCAGUGAUGUGGUACUGAAGCAUCCUAACAUAGUGAGUGACACUGAUGUCAGCGAGAGGCUUGAAAGGAUAAGGCGUGAGUAUUUCACGCUUUUGGAAGAAACGAGGAAGCUAGAAGAUGAUGUUCGGAAACAAAAAGAAGACCUUGGUGCACAUGGGGAAAGCGUCUUCGAGUUUGGGUCACCGGGGCGCGAUGUGGACGACUUGAUAAGACAAGAGGAGGACCUCAUCAAAGAUCUUGAGGAAGACCUUGAGGCAAUCCAAGCAUAA